AUGGAGACGGGAGGGAAGAGGAGAGAGAUUGAGCUUGUGGUUGGAGGAGGAGAGGAUGAGGAUGAGGAGAGGAGGAGAAGUCGCCGGAGGCAUGUUUUUGAGGAGGAAGAAUCAAAGAUCGCGAUUAUGAUAAAGCUCUUCCAUGGUUCAGCAUCGCAGGUUUUCUCAGGUAUUGAAGAAGCUUAUGAAGACAUGGAUGUCUUGGACAGGUUUUGUGUCUCUGGUGUACGUAUGGAGCACAAAUCUGAGAAGGAAAGGAGUUAUAAGACUCUCUUUGAAGCACAGCAAGAGGAAGGGCUACUAGCAUUGGGGAAUCUAAAAAGCUUCAGUUUCAGAGAACUCCACGUAGCAACGGAUGGUUUUAGCUCCAAACACAUACUUGGCGCAGGUGGGUUUGGUAAUGUCUACAGAGGAAAGCUUGGGGAUGGAACCAUGGUUGCGGUGAAACGUUUGAAAGAUGUGAAUGGAACCUCAGGGAACUCUCAGUUCCGUACCGAGCUUGAGAUGAUCGUGUCCAUAUGA